AUGCAAUUUCAUUAUUAUUAUUAUUAUGAUGAUGAUGAUGAUGAUGAUGAUGAAGAACAAGAAGAAGAAUGCAUUAAAAAAAAUAUUCAAAAAUAUUUAACAAUAAAUAAAAGACAUAUUUUAACGAUACUAAUUAACUCAAUUAUUAUAAUUAUGCCUACAACUGUUAAAGGUUUAACAAUUCAUAAACGAAAUGUUUAUAAUCAUUAUCGUUCACAUACAAUAAAUAAUGAACCUAUUCGUGAAACAUCUUACGGACCUGUAAGAGGAAUUGAAUUUAAAUUUACCGUUGCUGAUAAUAUACCAAAUAUUUUAUAUCGUGUAAAUGCUUGGCUAGGUAUUCCAUUUGCUAAACCAUCUAUUGGACUACGACGAUUUCGUUUACCUGAACCACCAUUACCAUGGACAAAUAUUUAUAAUGCUACACAAUUACCAGCAACAUGUUGGCAAACAGAACAAAUUGUCUAUAAUCUUUCAGCAGAAAAAAUAUGGUCACCAAAUACUAUUCGUAGUGAAAAUUGUUUAUAUUUAAAUGUUUGGGCACCUGUUCAACGACAUCCAAAAACAAAAUUAGCCGUACUUGUAUGGAUUUAUGGUGGAGGUUUUGUAACUGGAACAGCAAGUCUUGAUAUUUAUGAUGGACGUAUUUUAUCAGCAUUAAACAAUGUGAUAGUUGUAUCAAUGCAAUAUAGACUACAAAGUUUUGGUUUUCUUUAUUUAGGAAAACCAGAUGCACCAGGUAAUCAGGGGCUUUAUGAUCAAGUAUUAGCAUUAGAAUGGAUUGCAAAUAAUAUUCAAAAUUUUGGUGGUGAUUCUAAACGUAUAACAUUGUUCGGUGAAAGUGCUGGUGCUGUAUCAGUUGGAUUUCAUUUACUAUCGCCAAAGAGUCGAUCAUUAUUUAAUUCAGCUAUAUUACAAAGUGGUGGUCCAACAGCAAAAUGGGGUUUUAUAACACCUGCUGAAGCUUAUAAUCGUAGUAAAAAAUUUUUACAUGAAUUUUAUUCACUUGUUAAUAAACGUUUACUUGAUAAACCAUGGGAAUCAAAUAGAAUACCUGAUAUAUGUAAACGGAGUGAUACAGAUGAUAUUGAAAUACAAUUUCAAUGUGCCCUCCAUUAUCCUGUAUUAGAUGAAGAACAUUAUGGUUAUACAUGGACAAAUGCUGAGUAUACAAUUCAAGACGGUGGUCCUGUAUUUUUUCUAUUAAUGCCCGUUAUUGAUGGAACAUUUCUACCUCAAAAUCCCAUAACAAUGUUAAAAACAGGAAAUUUUAAAAAAUGUCCAUUAUUAUUAGGUGCAAAUCAAGAUGAAGGAAGUUAUUUUAUGGUCUAUGCAACGGGAAAUGAUAAGGUGCCUGGCAACGCUUUGCCAGAUGUUUCCUAUUCAACAUUUUUAAAACAUUUAGAAUUAUAUUACAAUUAUAUUCCUUCUUAUCCAUACAAAGGACCAGCAAUUGUAUUAAAAAGUGUCAUACAAAGAUAUACUGAUUGGGUAGAUUGGACGGAUAAUAUUAAAAAUGCUAUUAGGUUAAGAGAUGAAAUUGUAUUUAUUUUUGGUGAACCUCUUAAUCAUACAGAUCAAAAACACUAUACGAAAGAAGAAGUACAAUUAAGUAGACGAAUAAUGACAUAUUGGAGUAAUUUUGCCAAACACAAUGAUCCAAAUGGUAAUGAUACAAAUUUUCCAUAUGAUUGGCCAAAAUAUUCUUAUCCAGCUCGAAAGCAUAUUGUGUUAGACACAAAUAGUAAAAGUACAGGUGUAGCAUUACGCGCAGAAUACUGUGCAUUUUGGGAAGAAUAUAUUCCUAUUCUACUUGAAGAGUUUGACCAAGAAAAAUUCUUUUUACGUAAUUUCAAGCAAGUAGAAAAUGAAAAAUGA